CUUUUAUAUAAUAUUAAUAGGGUGACAACAAAGUUUUUAAAAUUGAAGUAAUUAUACAUUCUUAUAAUAUUGUUGUUUCUUUUUCUAUUUCAAUAAUAAAGUCUUGAAUUCAGCAUAGCUAUUACGAUCCAUUCAUCCUAAUAGUGUAUCGGAUUUCUAUAUAUCCAAUUUUAACUUAUUAUAUACUUAUACAUAUUCAUGAAUAGUACACAAUGGGGACAGGAACAGCUUGGAAAAUAACUUCUCAACUUCGAGAUAAUAUUAUGAAAUAUGCCAAUUAUAAACAAACAUCAAUUUCGCUCCGACAAAUGGUACAAUUUGGUCCCAACCCGAGUCCCGGGUCGAUAUUUCUCGCUUCCCAAUUUAUUGUCGAAGAAUUACCCAUCAGAUUAGCUUUAAAAGUCAAAGAUCUUGAAAAUGCUCCUCUUGAUUUAUCAAAACAACCUUCAACUAUAACAGUCAAAAAUUGGUAUGCCCAAUCAUUUCAAGAAUUAACCGAUUUACCAAAACCUCAAAUAUCAGAACAAUUACAAAAGUUAUUAUCUUCUAGCAUACCUGCAAGCUCAAUUGUCAAUCAGUUCCAAGAGGAAGAUAAUAGUAUAUUAGAUAGAUCUCGAAGUUCUGCCAAUGAUUCAACAAAUCCUGCUAUAAAUAAUUAUUUUAGUGAUGAUGGAAUAGUUGUAAGACACCAUUCUCAUCUUCCUCAUCACAAAAAUUUAGGAGGAUCAAGUAGUUCCACUGCAAGAAGUGAAAGCCCAACUUUUGGUAAAACUUAUUAUACAUCCUGUGCUUCAAAUAUUGUAUGGCCAAAAGAAGUUUAUGAUUAUAAUAAAUUGGUGUGUGAUACGCUCACUACCAUAAAGAAAAGGCACGAUGCAACAGUUGCAACGAUGGCAAGAGGUGUUAUUGAAUGGAAAGAACAUAAUAAAACUGUAUUGGUUAAUGCGGAUAUUCAAAAUUUCUUGGAUAGAUUUUAUAUGUCAAGAAUUGGUAUUAGAAUGUUAAUUGGUCAACAUAUUGCUUUAAAUAUGGCUCAAGCUUCACCUACCAAACAAAGAAUUAAUUCUUUUUUAAACGGUAGUAGUAGUUCAAAAAGUGGUCCUAAUGGUCCUAAUAAUGGUGGAUAUAAUAAUAAAUCUAACUAUGUUGGUGUUAUUUGUACCGAUUGCAAUGUGGGAGAAAUUGCUGAAGAUGCAAUUGAAACUGCCAAAUAUGUAUGUGAAGAUUAUUAUGGUUUAUUCGAAGGUCCUGAAAUUCAAUUGAUUAUGCCAAAGGAAGAUAUUAGUUUUAUGUAUGUUCCAGGUCAUUUGAUUCAUAUGUUAUUUGAAACCCUUAAAAAUUCUCUUCGAGCAACAAUUGAGUUUCAUAUUCCUAAACUUAAAGCAAAAAUGAUUGCUGAAGAUCCUACUUUAACUGAAGAAUCAAUUGAUAUUAAUGACUUAACAUUCCCUCCUAUUAAAGUCAUUAUUUCUGAAGGAAUCGAAGAUAUUUGUAUCAAAAUCAGUGAUGAAGGUGGAGGAAUUCCUCGUAGUGAAGUUCCAUUAAUUUGGACUUAUCUUUAUACUACUGUAAGUCAAACACCAGAACUUGAUCAAAGUCAAAAUUCAUUUAAGGCUCCAAUGGCUGGAUUUGGUUAUGGAUUACCCAUUUCAAGAUUAUAUGCUCAAUAUUUCGGAGGUGACUUGAAAUUGAUUUCUAUGGAUGGUUAUGGUACUGAUGUUUAUUUGCAUUUGAAUAGAUUAAGUAGUUCUUCUGAACCUUUACCAUAAUAACAUUAGAUAUAUUCCUACACUAAAGUAUUACUUUUUGCUACGCCAUCGAUUCAAUUCUAUCCAUUUUAUUUCUUAUACAUAUAUUUAUAUAUAUAUAUUCUCA